AUGAAAUUAUUAUUUAUUUUAUCUUUAGUAUUUUUAUUUAUAAAUAUAAGUUUGGGUCAAUCUAAUGAUUGUUCAAGUUCACUAUCCAAAUAUUUUACAAAUAAUAUGAGCUCUGUUAAAGUACAGCUUGUAGUAAUAAGACCUAGUGGCGAUGUGGUUUAUGCAAAUAAUACACUUUCAAAUAACUUUGGUGUAUUAACUAAUGGUAAUAGUUUUCCAGCUGUUUUUUCAUCAAAGAUCUCAUGUACAAAUGGCAAAGUUCAACUUUUCGAUGUAGCUCAACAAAAAGUUUCUUUUAAUGAUAGAGCAGGAAUAUUGUUAUAUUCAGAUGGUAGAUUAAAUCUUACACCAACCUGGGGUAGUUCAUGGAAAUUAAACUUAACAUGCACAGGAACCGGUAGUGGGGCUAUUAAUUACGGUUGGACCACUGAUGGUAAUUUAAUAACUCUUCAAAUAAUAGAAUAA